GGGAUGCGCGUUGUUAUCGAUAACGAUGCCAGUGUGACAUCCAGAGAAUGACAAGCAAUUUAUUUUUUGCCUGCCACUUGAAAGCGACCUCGGGAUGUAGCGGGCAUCCGACUCCGAGAGACAAAAAGAAACCGGAAAUUUGUGAGCCAGGUGGCUUGCGGUGACCCUGACAGCCCUGCAAGGCUUUUUCGGGAUGUUAUGAGGCCAACGUUCAGGGUCUCGCACAAGUGGCUCUGGCACAAACCCCUCGUCGCACUCACACCAAAGUUGGGCCUCCUGGCCGUUCGACCCCCCGCCUGGGCGCGCCACUUCAUCACCACCAUCAUGGCCGGCGAAAAGGCCAAUUAUGAUCGCUGGACCAAGGACAGCCUGAUCCAGCGCAUCAAGCUCUUGGAGCAGCAGCUCGAAAAGCAAAGCCGACAGGACACGGCCGCCGUGGUUGCUUCCUCGGCGGCCUCUGCCUCGCUUCCCACCCAAGAGCGGCAAGGGCAGGCACGGGCACCCCCGCCCAAGAAGCGCAAGUUCGCGGACCCGUCAAACUACUCGACGCGCUUCAUAGCGCUCAAGCUGGCUUACCUGGGAGGCAACUACAACGGCUUCGAGUAUCAGGCCAACGGCAAGCUGCCCACCAUCGAGGAGGAGCUUUGGAAGGCCCUGGUCAAGACCUGUUUGGUGUUCCCGGAGCGGGGGCCCGACGAGGUCGACUUUGCCUCGUGCGAGUACUCAAAGUGCGGCCGGACGGACCGCGGCGUUAGCGCCUUUGGCCAGGUCGUCGCCCUGCGCGUCCGCAGCAACCGUCCCGUGCCGAGGGCCAGGAAGCAGCAGCAGCAGCAACAUGCCGCCGGAUCAUCAGCCGAGGCGGGCGAUGGGGCUGCCGUCGCUGCUGCUGCCGAGCUGGAGGCGCCCGAGGCCACAGGAGAGGAGGGAAGGCGGCAAGAAGACGACGACGACGACGACGACGAUAGCGACGAAACGCCGUACCCCGUCGCCGACGAAAUCAAGUACUGCAAGCUCCUGAACCGCACACUACCGCCAGACAUCCGCGCGCUCGCCUGGUGCCCAACGCCGCCGCCGGGCUUCUCGGCGCGCUUCUCGUGCCGCGAGCGCCAGUACCGCUACUUCUUCACGCAGCCCGCGUUCGCGCCCGCACCGGCGGUCUUGGAGGGAGCCCAUCAUCCCUCCUCGUCCGCCGGCAGCGGCGGCCGCCGCGUCAAGGACGGCUACCUCGGCAUCGAGGCCAUGCGGGAGGCGGCGCGGCACUUUGAGGGCUCGCACGACUUCCGCAACUUUUGCAAGAUCGACGCCAGCAAGCAGAUCGGCAACUUUGAGCGACGCGUGCUCGAGGCCGACAUCGUCGAGGUGCCUGACACCACCUCGGCGUUGCCGUACCUAGACCGGCCCGAGUUCCUGCCCGGACAGGACGGUAAUGGCGACAGCUUAGCGGUGGACCCGCCGAGGCCCAGGGUGUACUACUUCCACGUGCGCGGCACCGCCUUCCUGUGGCACCAGAUCCGCCACAUGGUCGCCGUGCUCUUCCUGGUCGGCCAGGGGCUCGAGAAGCCGUCGGUCGUGGCAGACCUGCUGGACGUGUCGCGGUACCCGGGCAGGCCCAACUACCACCUGGCCUCGGACGCGCCCCUCGUUCUGUGGGACUGCCUAUUCGGCCGGCCGCCGCCGGGAGCUGAGGGCGGCGCCACGUCCUCGGAGGCGGUCGAGCCGGGCCCGGACCUGGACUGGGUCUACGCGGGCGAGGACGGCGACCCCGUCGACCUGCACGGGCCCAAGGGGCUCGUCGACGGCCUGUGGGAGGUCUGGCGCGGGCGCAAGAUGGACGAGCUGCUGGCGAACCGACUCCUCGACCACGUCACGACGCUGACGGACCCCGUGCGCGCCGUGGCCGCGUCAGCGGCGGCUGUGGACGCCGCGGCGGCGCUGAAGGGCGGCGGCUCGGACAGGAAGGCAAAGCAGAAGCAGAAGCAGCAGCAGCAGCGUGGCACAAAGGCCUUCGAGGGGGGCGACGGAUCCCACCUGAUAGGGACGUACACGCCGCUAGCAAAGAGGCAGAUGCAGGCGACGCCCGAGGACGUCAACGACAAGUGGGCACAGAGCAAGGGCUUCGCCAGCGCGGCGGAGCUGGCCGGGACUGAGAACUGGAGGAGCGUUAUUAAGGCGCGCAAGCUGGCGGCUGCGGAGGCGGCGGCAGUGGGUGGUCCAUAGCAGAGCUUAGCAUAUGGCGCAUUAGGUUAUACACUAUAGAUAAGAUAAAGAGAAAAAUAAAUCGAAGAGGAGCAAAGACUCGAGGGUCAAAAACGUC